AUGAACCCCGUCGAGCAGGCGUUUUCAGACUCGCUCAACGAUAGAGGGCCAGGUCGAACCAUUUCUAUUGACAAGGGCGGACAAGACAUUCGUCGCCCCAUUCACGAAGACGAAGCACUAUGCAGCUACAUCUUGAGCACGGUCAAGGCUCCCGCGGGCGCUCUCAAGAUUCGAGAGUCGACCAUUCCUGAUUCCGGCUCGGGCCUAUUCACAACGCGAGAUCUUGCCGCGGGCGAGCUCAUCUUUACAUCGGUGCCUCUUGUGCUCUGCGCGGAAGUUGGCGAUUCAAAGGAAGCCUGUGAUUUUUGCUUCCAGCAGCGGCGACGAGCCAUCCAUCCCGUUGAGGACCGCCUGGCUGACCCGGGAGAAACGCUGCCAGACGUGUACAAAUGCAUGGGCUGUAACUUGUACCAGUACUGUUCGGAGUCUUGCUGGCAGCGAGCCUGGGACACUGGCCACUUAUACGAAUGCGGGCUGCUGGCCAAUGCCCCCUACGAACUCGAAAUCAGAAUGUUGUACCGCAUCCUCAUUUUGCUGCGUAAGAAAGUGCUGCUGCCGGAACAAGUUCAAGCACUCGCCAGGCUUGCGCACGAGCAAGACAAAUACGAGCAGCUUUCCAGCGAUUGGCAAGGGGUCAAGGAUAUUGCCGCCGAGGCCAAGCGGCGGAUGAAGAGCGAGCUCGACGUUGCCGAUGUUUUGAAACUAUACUGCCUUAUCAGAUGUAACGCUGUACCGGUCGACCAGACUUUUCGAAACUCUCCCCUGGGCUCUGCCAUCGACUUGGGAGCAGCCAUGCUGAACCACAAUUGCGAACCCAACAUUGUGAUUGUAUUCAACAGCACGCGAGUAGAGGCUCGAGCCGUGAGGAGCAUCAAGGCAGGCGAAGAGCUCCAGCACUGUUACCGGGACAUUGCAUACGACUGCACGUUUCGCAGCCCGAGAAUCGCAGCAAGAUAUCAGUUCAAAUGUCAAUGCGACAGAUGCAUCCGAGAGACCAACCGCCACUAUGAGGGCGCGAGUCCCGACAUCGACGACCCCAUCAUCCACAUCCUCGCCACGCAGGGAGAUUUGUUUGCCAUUAUCGAAAAGGCCAAGAUCCAGGCCCUCGCAUUCCGCGAAUCCUUCAACGUCACCACGUUCCUCGCAGAGAUUGACGACAUCACCGAGGAGGGCCACGCCGGCCGUCCCUGGCCAGAGGACCUCGAGCCGCUGCCAAUUGUGCUCAAGUCCCUCGCAGCGAUAUGCGACGCGCAGGGCGACAUUGUCAAGACGCUCAAGAUCCGCGUCCGGGCCCUGGGCCAUGCAAAGUACCGCAACACGCUCCCCUACGUCGAGGACCUCAUCGACUUUGUGGUCUCGCUGCGGGCCUUCACCAUGUAUCCGCACCGCAAGGUUGUGCUGGACGGGCCGCUGCCCAAGUUCAAGGACUUUGAGGACUUUAGCGUUGGCCACAUGUGCGCGCUGCACGCACUGCUGAUUCGGUUCUACGGGGAGCAGGGCAGGGUGACUCGCAUCAUUCGCGACAUUAUGCGCGAGGAGAUUGACAAGUACUACGGGCCUCGGCCGCCGACGAGGGUGUUUCGGCGCAAGUUUAAGGCUUCUCAUGAGACCAUUCUCAAGUGGGCGGGGGUUGACCCCAAGUGUUGGGUUGUUGAAAUCAGCUGA